GUCAUGCAGAGCUGAUGUAUGGCCUGAGACACUGAAACACCUGAUUAUUCUAUUGUAACGAUGGAGGAGGCAUGUUUAUAGGAUACCCAAAGGAUAUAAUCUUCAUUGGUUUUAUCAGAGAACAGACCUUGCUGGCGUUAUUGUUUGGUCACAUUCUCUACUUUCAACAGCAGGUUCUAAGGACAUUACAGGAAACAUGGAUAGACGAUAUGGAUACUCUCGGGAACAGUAUGACCGAUAUGUCUUGAGCCAAGAUACAUCUGUUGUGAACAAAUUUCAGCAGAAAUACUGGAAAACCAAGCAGACGCUGAUUAAAGUGACAGGGAAGAAAGAAGAUGAAUAUGUUGUUGCAUCUGACGCAGACCUAGAUGCAAAGCUAGAGGUGUUCCAUUCUGUCCAAAGAACAUGCAUGGAGCUAUUGAAGGUCAUUGAACAAUACCAGAGAAGAAUUUGCUUUUUAUCUCAGGAAGAAAAUGAAUUGGGGAGAUUUCUCAGAACGCAGGGCUCACAAGAUAAAACUCGAGCAGGAAAAAUGAUGCAGGCCACUGGAAAGGCUCUCUGUUUUUCCUCUCAGCAAAGACUUGCUCUACGUAGCCCUUUAUGUCGUCUUUAUCAUGAAGUGGAGACAUUUAGGUACAGGGCUAUCUCUGACACCUUGCUGACAGUGAACCGAAUGGAGCAGUCUAGAACGGAGUACCGCGGGGCACUGCUGUGGAUGAAGGAUGUUUCUCAGGAACUUGAUCCUGAUACCUUCAAGCAAAUGGAGAAGUUCAGAAAGGUUCAGUCUCAGGUUCGUAAUUCUAAAACAAGUUUUGACAAACUGAAGAAUGAUGUGUGCCAAAAAGUGGAUCUCCUUGGAGCAAGUCGAUGUAAUCUUCUGUCCCAUGUGCUAACAACCUAUCAGACCACACUUCUCCACUUCUGGGAAAAAACUUCUCACACAAUGGCAGCCAUCCAUGAAAGUUUCAAGGGCUAUCAACCAUAUGAAUUUACAAUGAUAAAGAGUUUGCAAGAUCCUAUGAAUAAACUUCUUGAUCAAGGAGAAAAGAAAAAAGGUAAAAAGAAAAUUAAGGGAAAUACCUCCAAGAAAACACCCGACAUGGAUGAUCAGCUGAUUUCAUUAGAUGAUGGUAACCACAAUGAGCCUGUCAGCCCAGCUGCAGCCCUAAAUACACAUGGGAAAGAUAUUCUGUCUGGUUUUGAAGAUGUGGAUUUAAGUGGCAAGGCAAAUACAGCCUCCCAGGACCUGCUCAUCGACUCCCAAGAGCACGAUGGCAGCGACAAGGAUGAAAUUACUUUUAUGAAUGAGAUUCUCAACACCUCGCCCCUAGAGGAUGAGGAUUUCAGCAAGCAGUGGCAAGCGGUAUUUGGAGAAGAUAUUUCUCUGAGCAGUGCCAACACAUCCGCAGCAGGAGAGGCACUCCAAGAUGACCCUUCUUCUUCUUCUUCAGGCUUCCUUCCUUCUCAACUGCUUGACCAAAACAUGAAUAAUUUGCAGUCUUCAUUUGCUGACUGGGCAUCAAGCAGCACACAGCCAGCAACACCAGAGUCAGUGGAGCAGUCCGACAGAUCUAAUCAGAAUAUUAUUACCAAGACCUCGGUGAAAGAAACUCCAAAACCAGCUGCAGACCUGUCUGCUUGGUUCAGCUUAUUUGCCGAUUUGGAUCCAUUAUCGAACCCCGACGCUGUUGGAAAAACGGACAAAGAGCAUGAGCUGCUCAAUGCAUGAGUGUCAUGUGGUUUCUGCUCUGCAGUUUAUAAUGCAGACGAACAGUUGCAAUCAGCUCAUAAGUACACUAUACUAAAAUCCUAAAUUGUAUGCCAUGCCAUUAAAAUUACUGGGUGUAAUAUUGUCAAACUGUUUAUAGCCUUUAGUCCAAUAUUUUAAAUUAAUUGUAAAUAUUACUGCAAAAGAUGACAAAUGAUUUGAAUAUACAUUGCCAAAUAAGAAAUGCAUUUACUUGUUUUUUUGCCUUUCCAACAGUUUUUGUUGUUACCAAUUGCAUCACUUGCCAUUAAACAUAAAUGUGCCAUCAAUAUUAUUAGUACGUUUUUGAGUUUUUUCUAGUUUUUAUUAAACCAAAAGUUUUAAACAGAAAAUCAUUUUAAAAACUAAGAGGAUGAACAGUGCUACUAAAUCUGUGUAUGAUUUAAAUAGAAUUAAAUACUGAAAGUGUAAACUAUUCAUAACUAUUUUGUUAUUAACAAUCCAGUAUCAAAUCAAUCUUCAAAUAGUUGCAUUUACAAAGAGGAAUACUGAUAUCUGCAAUGCAGUUCAAGUAUAUAUGUUACAUACACUGACAUGUUGCCUACCUCAGAUAAUCAAAGAUUUGUAUUUUUAUUUUUUUAAUUUAAGGAUACAAUCAUAAAAAUACAGAUUGUAAGGCAUUUGUCAUAAAUACGUUUAUAUUAACUGUUUUAUACACAAUAACAACCAGAUUUUAAACCUUUUGAUUUUACAAGCUUCAAAGCAGGAACACUGAAAACUUUUUUUUUUUUUUUAAUAUAAUAAUGUGCCAAUAAUAUAGUAGAUCCUGAAACUGCUAGUAUAGUUCCCCUGUGCCUGAAAAUUAAAAUACAAACUUGUACUGUACCGUUUUUUUACUUCCUUAAAAGGAAGACAGACCUGGUUUUGGUGUGCAUCCUAGUACUGUCCAUAAUCAUUACCCAUAUUAAUUCUAGAUUCAUAGUAUUCAUUAUAGUAUGUAUCCUCCGAUUGUGUCAUACUUGUUUAACCCAAAAUACAACUUGAUAAUCUUACCCAAAGGUUUGAAGACAUACUGUAUUUAUGGCUGUUAAUGUUGGUUUUAUUGAUACAGUAUAACAGCCUUCGUCUGGACUGAAUUCUGUUCUCUCUGAUUUAUGUACUGUAUCUCUACAGCAUGUUUAACCACAAGUUUUGUGAAGUUCUGUUGAUGUAAUCAAACUGAAAGGCAAAUGUAUGUUAUGUUAAUGCCGAGACCAUUUUUAAUUUGUAAUGUACUUAUGAUUCAUUGUAAUUAUUAGGGGAUGUAAAACUGUACUCGGAUUAAAUAAAUUAAAUAUA